AUGCGGCGCGCAUCUCGAUUGAUUCCGUUCGGUUUCGUCAUCCUGCUCCUGAAUCUUCUGCUCCUCCUCCAGCCAUCGGCAGUCGGCCACACACUGGGCGCCAGCUGCCAGACGCCCGAGAAGAGCGAAGGACGCUGCGUGCACUUCAGCUCCUGCCGCCUCGUCCUGCGCCACUAUGCGAUGUACAAGGAGCACAUGCCGCCUGCGAUAAUGCGAUUCCUGCAGAGGGCCCGCUGCAAGCCGAAGAACGAAGGCUAUCAUUUGUGCUGCGAACUCAAAGAUGUGAUUCCCGCGAACGCCAACUCCAAGUUGAAGUAA